CCUCGCAGGUAACAUUCCUGUCAACAGAUGGCCACAUCCAUAAUUGCUUUGCGACGGCAAAAAAUCCAUCAUGGCAGACAUGAAUGUUUGUUGGGUCUGAUUGCAAACGUCUGCGUGGACGUUUUCCUAAUUUUCCGUCGGUUUUGUUCAAUCAUUUAGCUCGGCAGGAUGUUCACCAAGAAAAAGAAGAAACCGCUGAUUUCGCCGCCGACCAACUUUCAGCACAGGGUGCACACGGGCUACGAUCGCAAGGAGGGCAGGUACGUCGGCCUCCCGCUGCAAUGGGCCGGCAUCAUCGGCAACAACCAAAUCCUCAGGAGUACAAACAGACCCCUUCCAAUGGUGGACCCCUCAGAAAUAACCCCUACAGACAUCCUCGAUCUAAAGACGAUUGUUCGAGGGCCAACCGAGGGCGGUCGGCCUGGCCGAGAAAACGGCGGUAUCCCUAGAAUGUCAAAUGUAGCCCGUUCGAAUUCCCUCCGUUCCUCCAGUCCAACGAGAAUGCGUCACCUGGCAGCAUCUGUCCGGCCCAACGUGCCUCCGUCAGUGCCCGAAGGCGAGGUUUUGGCCUCGGGACCACCGUCCAGAAACAUCACUCCAAGUUUACCGGCAAACAUGCCGCCUAGAAAUGAUCUCUAUAGGAUGGACCAGAACACUUCUUAUCCUGUGCCCCAACUUUCUCCAAAUUCACAACAGCAGCCACCCUUUGGCAAAACACCUCCGCCAGUGCAGGCGCCAAAAUACGGCGGACAUAUGGGUCAGAAUGGCAGUGGCCACACAACACCCGACAGCUACAUGCACCAGCAGAAUGGUCCAGUCAAUCACUUGAAUACACCUCCACCUCAGGUGCCGAUGAAAGGCAAUGGAUUUGGCGUUGUGCCAAGGAAUGCGCCCCAGCACAGGGACUCGUACCCCCCGCAGCCAAUGAAAGCCUUCCCCCACCCCCACAAAGAGCCCUACCCUGGUCCUGGAAUGAACCAUCAACCCCCUUAUCAGCAGCAGCCGGCGCAUUCGCCAUCUCCAAGGCCAAACUUCAACCAGCACCCUCAGAUGCAAAAUAUGAAUCAGCAGCAACCCUUCCACCCCCAAAUGCCUCACCAGCAGCAGUUCCCCUACCCCCAAAACCAGAUGGCCAACAACAACCACCACCAACCUCCUCCCCCUCCGCAAAAGUCUCAGCAAAUGCAACAGCAACACCCUGCUAUGAGAGACCAUCCAAUGAUCAGGGCAAGUCCGUCCAUGGGUUCAAUGCCAGAUCAAAAUCAAAAUCUACGACCUUCACCUCCUCAGGGCUCUGUCAGCUCAAUGCACUCAGGUGCUGGCUCAAGCAAAGGAGCUCCCACACCCCCACCUGGCUCCAAACAACACUACGAGCAACAAAGAUUAACUCAUGAACAAUUCAGAGCAGCUCUUCAAAUGGUGGUCAGUCCAGGUGAUCCAAGACAGAAUCUUGAUUCCUUCAUGAAAAUAGGUGAGGGAUCAACAGGCAUUGUUUGCAUAGCUCUCGAUCGAACAACCGGUAGACAAGUGGCAGUCAAGAAAAUGGACCUCAAAAGACAACAGAGGCGAGAACUGCUUUUCAACGAGGUGGUGAUCAUGAGGGACUAUCAUCAUUCUCACAUCGUAGAAAUGUUCGACAGCUUCCUGGUCCAGGACGAACUCUGGGUGGUGAUGGAGUAUCUUGAGGGAGGUGCUUUGACGGACAUUGUGACCCAUGCGCGAAUGGACGAGGCGCAAAUCGCCACUGUUUGUCAGCAGUGCCUCCGAGCCCUGGCCUACUUGCACUCGCAAGGGGUAAUCCACAGGGACAUCAAGUCAGACUCAAUACUUCUCACUGCUGACGGAAGGGUCAAAUUAUCGGACUUUGGCUUCUGCGCCCAGGUGUCUCAAGAGUUGCCAAAAAGAAAAUCUUUGGUGGGCACCCCUUAUUGGAUGUCUCCAGAGGUGAUUUCUCGUUUGCCGUAUGGACCAGAAGUGGACAUCUGGUCGCUCGGAAUAAUGGUGAUAGAAAUGGUGGAUGGCGAACCACCCUUCUUCAACGAACCUCCUUUACAAGCGAUGCGAAGGAUCAGAGACAUGCCACCGCCUAAACUGAAAAACACCCAUAAGGUGUCUCCGAGGCUAUUGAACUUUUUGGACAGGAUGUUAGUACGAGACCCAGCCCAAAGAGCCACUGCUGAGGAACUUCUAAACCACCCGUUCCUCCGGCAGGCUGGUUCGCCCUCAUUGUUGAUUCCGCUGAUGCGAGGGGCUCGCCUGAAUGUGCCCUGAGACAGACCCAUUCCUGCCCGUCUGCUAGAACGACCUGAAACCUUGUUGCCUUACGAAGUAACGUCCUCUUAGUGUGACUUAUUAAUAAGAAAGACAAGCUAUUUUAUCAUGUUGACCGCGGUUCCAGAAAGUUAUCCGCAGGCUGGCUAUUUUUUGUAGAUGAGCUACUUGUGCAAUAAUUAGCUUGUAUGUACAUAGUGCCUGUUCAUUUUGUUUAUAGUAUGGUUACUAUUGCACCUUGCUUACCAUGUGCCGUCCUCUUUUUUAACUGAUUAUACAUCCGCAGCUGAUAAAAUUCCACAGACUCUGUGCAGGAAUGUUCUUUGACAAUUCUGCUUGGAAGUCGCUCAGUUUGUAAGGCCAGCUCACUUUCAUAUAUACUUAUUGGCAACUCCUGUGGUGAUAACCAAUGCCUGAAUUUGAUAUUCUCAACCUGCUUUUUACAACAUGCCUUUUUAAUCAUAUUACAUAACUGUGCACGAAAAAUAAUCACGCUGAUAUUUUGCACUCACACCAACAUCACUCGUACUUUUAAGAAGCAAAACUUCCGGAGCAGGUUCUACUUGUAAGAUUUAUGAUAUAUAAAUAUUUUAUUAUUUAACAGGCGCGGUGAAUGAGUUAGUUUUGUGUUAAAAAUAGUUACGGACUCUGGCGCUUGAGUUGAAAAUUGCCUCUGUGCACUUCUGUAAUAAUUGCUUAGUGACAAGUACCUGUGCCUAAAUUAGCUGUAGUGCAGCAGUGAAGUGGACAGUAUUUUCAAUGCGCUAGACUAUCUCUCUCUCUAUCUUUGUGUUAUAAUGUAUUUUUACCCUUCAUUUCUUCCGUUGUUUUUUUAUAUCAAGGUUUGGAAGGAUACCCUAUUUGUAUCAUUUGUUCAAAGAGCAUGGAGAUAUUUUGUGUCAUAAAAAUAGCAUUAUUAUCAUUGAUGAUUAUGGUUAUUAUCAAAGAAAGAGAAUAUUCGCAGUAAUUAUUAUAAAUAUAUUGAUACUGGAAUAUUGUUUUGUUAUGUCGUGUUAUUAAGAAAGUACUUAAAAAGAAACAUUCCAUUGCUUUCAAUAUUAUUUUUCGCCUGCAACAAAUUGCGAGCCUAUUAAGCAUUUUGUCAUUAUUCUGUGGAUAAACUCUGUUAUUCUUAAUAAAAAUCUAUAAUUGUAUUCCAGAAUGAAAAGGUGAAUUUUU